AUGGUUUCAUUAGAGCUGGUCAACAAUUGUGACUCAAAUCUUAUAUUGUUGGCGUUAAUGCCUUUGCUUUUACCAUCUAAUAAUAGCCAAAUAGCUAAGGAUAAUAUUGUCACAAUACUAGGGAGCCCACUAGCCAAUAAGUUGGUUUUUCUAAGGGAGCUAGACGUAGAUAAUAUUAUUACAACCGAUUUUGAUGCAGCUUCUUUCAAAAUACAUUUCUUGGGCGUGAUUGCCAGUCAUAUGAAAACACCAACUGUGACUGAAUUAUUUACUAGUGUGGAUGCACAUCAAAAAGGCUUCUUUCGUUCCGCAAUGGACGUUUCGCACAUAAUGUUGCUUGUUAUUGCAUGCCUCAAUCAAAGAUUGGACAGUAAUGAGUCGUUGAAAAUUUUUAAACAAAUUCGCAACUAUACAAAAGACUUUGAAAUCAAGCAUAUACCAUGUGAGAAUUGGCAAAAGUUUCGCAAACGUCCAUAUAUUCCACUGCGUUUAUAUAUCGAUUUCGUAUCAAAAGUUGUAGAGCAUACAAAUCUCUCUGAUGAUAUUUAUAACUGGCAAUUGCCAAACAAAGAUUUGGAAUAUUUGCUGUACAUCGUUAAUUUUAUAUCUGAAGAAGUGUUUCGAAAGGAAGGAGGAUCAUUUAGACAUGAGUGGUUGAAAACAAUUCAACAAAUUUUCGGUGUGGUUUUUCCGAGGCCAUAUACAGUUAUUGACUUCUUUGCUAACUUCUAUGUUUAUAGAGACUUGAAUUGUGAGAUAAAUUAUACACUUUUGCGUUUGAGAGCCUGCAUUUUAUUUUCUGCAUUGUGUCGGAAGUUAAAUACCACGCUCAAAUUUAAUUUGGUGCAAAUUCUUAAAAUUACAAUGGGUUUGCAUGCUUCUUCACAACUAAUACGCUUCCAAGCCAUAUCUGUCCUUUCACAAAUUAAAAAGCAUGCAAUAUUGGAUUCUAACUUGCUGUAUCUUGUGGAUACGUUUUUGUCACGCGAAAGAGAGAUCUUCACAUGUCAUGAACAGGCUCCACUUUUAUGGUACACACUGCUUAAACCAACAAAAGAAGAAGCAGAUGAAAGACUUGGAAUUCAACUUUUUAAGGAUAUUUUAAAAUUGUUCACAAUGCGUUUUUAUUUAGAGCACUCCGCAUUCAUUUCAGAAUUGCUUAGCGCAUUCAAGCAUAUUGACGAUAUGGAUGUAUUACAAGUUUUAAUGCCAUUGGCAUUCGAUGCCUUGGACCAUACAACUGACGACGGUACAUUGAAGGUUUUAGCCGCACCUUUCAAAAAUGUUUAUAAUCUUAUUAUGCAGCGAUUUGAAUUAGCCGAUUCUGCAGAGAUACUAAUGAAAUCUCCUGGUGCUUGGGAACUGUUUAAGAAAUCGUGUCAAAUGCACAAUGUUUAUCUGGUCUAUGACGAUAGAAUGCAACCCGUGCCCUGUUUACUUCUGAAUGUAUUAGAUGGUGUAUUUUACGGAAAAUUAAACAAGAACUCGCAGUUGAAGUUGUUUAAAUUGAUUUUACGAACACUGUACACCUCAGAUAAUGAUACAAUUUUUCAAGCUGCAAACAAAAUGUUUAACAAAUGCAUUUUUGAAGGUAACAUGCUGCGGGUUAUAUUACAGCAAAUGCUGGGUGAUUUGUUUAAAACGGGGAAGACGCCGUUGAAGCAGAAGCCAUCGGCAAUUGCAAAUGCAGCUAAACUUGAAUCAGAAAAAUUGCAAAUGCAAAUAACUACACAAGAGUGGAAGGAAGGAGUUAUAGUUCUUCAACUGUUGGAACAGAGAAAAAUAAUAUUGCAUACUGAACAGUUAAUAUCAGUGCUAUUUGAUUUGCUAAAAGUUUGUUUAGAGGUAGAAGAACAAAAUACUGUGGAAUAUGCAAAACAAUUAAUAUUAGCUAUAUUAUUGCAAUGCUGUGAAGUUUGCAAGGAGGAUGGUAUUGCAAUACAGGAAAUACUACCAGAAAAUACAUUCCGUAUCGAUCAUAUAGUUGAUUAUGUACGUUCAACACAAAAUCCACAAACACACCAUAAUGCAUUACUCUUGCUUGCUCACUGUGCAGCUCUAUAUCCGCAACAAGUGCUCCAUAAUAUCGUGCAAAUAUUUACAUUUGUUGGUUCAACAAUUGCACGACAUGAUGAUGCUUUUAGUUUUUACAUUAUAAACACUGUUGUUGAAAAAAUCGUGCCAAUAUUGUUGGAGCACGGCACAUCCGCUGCAGUAAGUGUAGAUGGUAUCGAUGGUCGUGCUAUACCAUUGUUGAAAGUGUUCUCAGACAUAAUGUUCGAUGUACCAGAACAUCGCCGGCUUUUGCUGUAUACUAAGUUCUUAAAAACACUCGGGCAUAAAGAGUAUCUCUGGAGCUUUUUGUGUAUUCUAUUUGAAGCGCACAUUACAGAUACUGAAAAUGAAAGGAAAAAAGGCAAACAGUCCGAUGUGGCUUCUAUAUUCCUAACAGUUAAAACAACUCGUUUUCUCUUUGCUAUAGACCUGGUCAAGUCACUUGAAACAAGCAUUAUUUUAGAGACAUGCUUACAAUUGCUUACGUACGUUACAAAUUUACCAUUGAGUGAGCAAAAUGCAGUUACUUCAGAUGAAAGUAUGGACACCGGAGAAGUCUCGCUUUACGAUGUGAAAUGUCACACAAAGAGACAAUUCCGUCAUUAUAAAUAUCUGAUUAUAGAGUUUUUGCAUAAUAUAACAUGCGAACAUUCAGUAAUGUUAAAAAUAGCUAGGCUAACAGAUGAGGAACAGCUAGAUAUGAAAACUCUAUAUCAAAGUUUAGUAGUGAAAAUAUUAACUUAUAUACCCAAAGUCAAAUCGACUAUUGCAGAACAAACAGAGGGGCAUGAAUUAAAAUUAAAUAAAGCUAUAUUGAAUUAUCUUCACGAUCUGCUCGAGAACGUCAUAUUAAUGCUAUCUCCAAAUCUUUUCCUAAUGGUAAUUAAUGGCUUAGUGUUGCAUAAUAUCUAUAGUAUACGUCGUAAAGUAAUGGAAUUGCUAAUAAAUAAGUUGCUGACCAAGGAUACUUUCUUUAGUGGUCAGUUCAAUGAUGAAAUUUCUAAACUUUUUGAGCCAUUCAACACCAUUGUCGACACAAUAGGAAGGAAAACCGAGGAACCGAAUGGUGAUGCUGCAGCGCAUCCAAUAAAUACUAAUAACGAUGCUAUACACAUGCAACAAACAACCCUUAUAUGCAUUAAGGUACUAUCAAAAGCUUACGGAACUGAAUUUAUUGAGGAGUUCAAAGGUUUACUUGCUAAAAUAACGAAAGUUUUGAAAUUGCGUAAAAAUAUGCCACGCCUUUUAACUAGUGCUGUCAUUAUAACUAUUGCCGAAAUCGCAUCUAAUUUGAGAGUUCAUUCGUUAGCGUAUUUGCCAAGAUUUAUGCCCUAUUUAAUUAAUAUACUGCAAGAGCAGACAGCACUGUUGGAGAGUCAACCGUUAGAUAAUAGCUAUGCAGCACUUGUAUUAAGUAAGUCAGAAUGA